UACAUCCCUUACUGAUCACAGGGUAAAACAAAUAUCUCCUUUCCUCCUGGUACACAGACUGGGCAGAACAGGACUGAGGAGCAACCAAACAUUCCAAGGCAGUAUCACUUCUCAGUGAAAGACUGGACUGUGUGGGUACUCUGCACCAGACAUGUAUAGCUUCAGACUCAUCAUGAUACCAGUUGAGGUUCUUCUUUGCUACCUCCUGCUGCAUUCUGCGGAUGCCAUUUCAUAUAGAAAGCAGACAAAUGUCUCCAUGCACCUUUUCUCAUCCUUGGGAUCUCCUCCACUCUUCUCAGACUUCUUGUCUUGCCAGACUCUACUUCCAAAGUCUCUACCUGGCUUUGCCCACAUGGCCCUUCUACCCAAGUUCCUAGUCAGCCUGGCUCUAAGGAACGCCCUGGAGGAAGCUGGCUGCCAUCAUGAUGCCUGGACCUUGCAGCUUCAGCUCUACUGCUGGGCUGGUGUGAACGCAACACAGGGCCUCAUCCACCAUCUUCAAGGACUCCAGAAAGGCAGAAGCACAGAGAGCAGAGUGUCAGGGGAAGCCCUAACCUCUGCUCUGCAGCUGUUAUCCAGGGAGCAGCCAGGGCAAAAGAGGGUGAGGCGCUCCUUCUCCACUAAGGACUGUGAGAAUGAGCAGGAACAGGCUGUGCAUAAUGUCAUCAGACUAUUGCCAGGAGUGGGAACCUACUAUAACCUGGGCACAGCUUUCUACUAUGCCAUUCAGAAUUGCUCUGACAAGGCCAAGGAAAGAGGCCAAGAUGGAGCCAUAGAUCUGGGUUAUGACCUUCUGAUGACCAUGGCAGGACUGUCAGGGGGCCCCACAGGUCUAGUGAUUAGUGCUACACUUAAACCAGCAUUAAAGGCUGGUGUACAGCAACUGAUCCAGUAUUAUUAUAAGAAAGAGACAAACAUCCCUCAGCCAGAGACCAGCACGGAGGGCUUGUGGAGCACCUCAGAUGUGAGUGACUUGGAAGAAACAACUACCAUAUUUCCUUUGGUGUCAGAAGUAGUCAGUCCAGGGUUGGGGAUGUGGCUCAAAAGUAAAGUGCUUUCCUGGUAUGGGUGAGGCCCUGGAUUCAAUCCCUAAUACCAAAAUAAGAAAGAAAGUAGUAAGUCCAGCUCCCCACUAGGGGUGAGUCUUAUUCAAGAGCUAUGGCUUAGAUCUUGGUGCUGGGAAUCUUAGGAUUGAAAAGUUGUUAACCACAUAAUGAACAAACUGAAGAUUCUGACGUACUGUAUCUGCGAGUGCUCAAAAUCCCCCUGCGGGGCAAGGGAUCCGAAUCUCCUGAUUUGUUAUUCUGGAGGAAGACAGUUCUAUCAAAUAUAGGAACUCAAAAGUUUGGGGUUUGAAAUUAGAAGAAAGUUUUGAAUCCAAGUUCCACUUGUUAUUGCCCUGCUGAUCACUGAAUAGUAGUCUCCUUCUCAAAGCUCUUUUUAAAGUUUCUAAAGCGGGGAUAAUGAUUUUCACCUGAACAUGUUGUUGUGGAAAUUAAAAAUGAUGCCAAGAACCUGAGUGUUUACCUCUGUACCCUCAAUAAAUGAUAACUACUUUUCCUUA